ACAGUGGGAUUGGUUGAAUGCAUAUUUUCUUUAAUAUCUUAAGAAACUGUAGUUUGUGAUUUUAUUGACCCAAACAAUCCUUUAUGUAUUAUCCACUCUGCCAUGCAAAACUAGAUGACAUUUGUGUAGUUUAUCUGCCACCUAGUGUGCUGCUGCAGCAAGGCUUGAUCUACGUUCCUGAGCUUAUGCUCUCAAUUGCCUCAAAUAGUGUUGUACAAUCUUGGUGAUUCCCUGUAAGUGCAACCCAUGGAUGAACUGAGAGAUUUCACUGAUGGCCCCAGAUAUGUGGCAAGUUUUGACUUCUACAAUUGAUACUGGACAUGGUUGCAAGUGUUAUGGGUUAAUGGCCAAUUUGUCAUUGGGUGAUUUCGUCUUGAACUCGAUAUAUUGUCUGGGGCUGCAAGAGAGUUUAAACCAGAAUGGAAAUAAUAUUUCAUUCUAUUCAAGUACUAGAAAUGAAUGAGAUACACUUGAAACCAGAAAUUCGCAUGUAUGGUCCUGGAAUAUGGGUAUCUAAUGUAGCAUGUAAAUCUGUAUAUCCAGCAUGGGGCGCGGAAGGUUGUUUUACCCAUUUGUUCUGGGAGGAAUAACCUCUCUAUUGCUGCAGGGACAUUGGGCAGAUUAGUUGGUCUAUUCCAUCUUAGUGUUGGCUCAUCCCAACAUCCAUACAAAGGAUUACACAUGGGUAAUAUUGAAACUGUCCUUUCCAGAAUUAUCGCUGCUGUCCUUUUGCAGCUUCAGUUGUUGCUGGAACUAUGUGGUAUGGUUAAGCAGCUACUCCAAUCAAAUUAUUUGGUCCCGACUCCCACUUGGUAUCAGUGUUUUCUAGGAUACUUCUGGGAAGAAAUAUAUCAAAGGGUUGGCAACAGGCUAGCUGAAGAAAAUCUGGGUUUGUUGGGAUUUUUCUGGGCAGAAAAUGUCCUGCCUUUGGACAUUUCCUCGGUACCUCCUCUUCCAAAUGAACCCUUGCAUGUUUUGAUGUAAAUGCACCUGGGUACCAUAUAGUGCGAUCCCUGAAACUGUCCAUCACAGCGGCAAUCAGUGAGAUGCAAAGUUAGCUAAUUGGAGCCUUUUUAUUAGAUUCCCAUUGAAAUGCCAUGUAACAUAGACAUGGAAGCGCUCUGGUAGAUGUGUUCGCUUCCAUAUCUCUCCAUAGUCUGUUACUUGCUGCAAAUUGAUGGGAAAAUACCUUAUCAGGAAACAUUAUAAAACUAAAGCAAGUCUGCAAAUAGUUUGAAAAUGGUGGCAUUGUUUGUCUGAGGAAGAAAAGUGGAAAACUACCUGCCCAGCUGGGUUUCUGUCCAGUGAUGACCCCCAAUACUACUUGAGUUUGAAACAGAGUGACCACACUGACAUGUUCAUCCUUGUAUUGAUUUGGGGCACUUUGCAAUUUAGGAGCAGCUGGGACAUACUGUCCAUCGAAAAGGAUUUUGUGGUUGUUUGAAAUGAGUCGGACCACCUCUGUUCUCUGUUCCUUAGAUUGAGAAACGUAAACAUGUCCCAGCUUGGCUAGACAGCAUUUUUCUUCUGCUCAAAAGGAUUUCAUGUAUGUCAGGGAGAAAUAUCAACUGGUGAAAUUGGUUGCAUAAUCAUGGAGUGCACUCAAAGUCCAAGCACAUUCUUCCAGAAAUGGGUUGGAGCAGAUUCAACCACGGGUAACCCCUAACGGAAAUUAGGGGAUCAAUGGAAGAGGGUCUGGAAGUUGAAAGGGUAGUUUUGCUAACUCUUUCAUGUGGCUUGUUGCUCAUGGCAGACCUACUGGUGAGAGGCUGAAAUCUAAAGGUGUUGCAUAGGGGGCACCAACCAAGUGCCUGAGUUGUUACAGGGAGGGAAGGAUGGAAUCCUAUCAAUAUCCUAUCCCAGAAAGGGCUCAACCAUUUGGGGUUCUGAUCUUUUCUGGAAGUUCUAUGGUCUUCCUGAGAGGCUGUGGAUUGAGAUUGCGUGAUCAACUCUCAGCUCACAGCGGGAUUCAUAACAGUUGUUUGAGUUGCCUCUAAAGCUAUGUCAGCGAACAGAAGGGUAGAACUGCAGCUUCUCUGUGCUUACUCUGGAACAAAUCUUCAUGUGCUACUAAUUGUCCCCUAUGCCCCAAGGUGCAAAUCUUGUCACUAUGAGAUCACUGCAGAUGACUUGGAAGAUUGGAUGUAUCACCAGUUGGAAGCUACAACCCACCUUUUGCAUGGUGUGGUCCACACGAAUGGCUAUGGCCACCUCCUUCGAGUUAAUGGAAGGGAAGGUGGCUCUAAGUUUCUCUCAGGGUGUGAUAUCAUGGACUUUUGGGAUCGACUAUGUAAAAUGCUCAGAGUCAGGAAGAUCAGUGUGAUGGACGUGUCAAAGAAAUACGGCUUGGAAUAUCGUCUAUUGCAUGCCAUCACUAAUGGCCACCCUUGGUAUGGCAAUUGGGGCUAUGAGUUUGGUGCUGGGAGCUAUGCUCUCACUGCCAAUGCAUACCAGAAGGCGGUUAAUGCCAUCUCUACCAUGCCAUUGGCCCCUUUCUUUACCCAUACACGUGCUCCCCCAACCCACCUCCAGGAUGUGGUUGCAUUCUACUGGUCUCUCUCUGAGAGGCGUCUUGCUACCGUGAGAGAUCUCUUCUGCUUUGUGAUGGGUCUACUCCACGAUGCCCACAAACAAGCAGCAGGACUUGCCUGCAAGAACUCAGGGAGCCAUGCUGUGGUGCUGGAUCGGUGGGUGGCAGGUGAUAUUGAGAGGGUGGAGCAUGCCAUGAUCAAGGUCCUCCUUGCAGUUGGCACUUCCAGUUGGGUCACAUGGCGGGCACUCAGAGGUGCUGUGUGUCGGGCUGGCCCGCCGGAGCUGCUUGAUUACUGCCUGAAGGGGCUGGGUGGGAAAUCAUUUGAUGGCAAGGUUGUGCAUACCCGGUGCAAUCCAGAAACGAAUGUGGUUGAAUACAGGGUGGAAGGUGAAAAUAAUGCUUUGAGAAACAUCUCUGGUACUCCUAUUUUGCCAAGCCAGAAAGUUGUUUCAGAAGAUAAACUCCUACGUGAUCUCAAGUUCUUAUAUGGUGCCCUUCUCCACCCGGAAACAAUGCUGAGCUGCAUGCCGCAGGCAAUGCAAGAGCUCGCCCACAGCUCAGCUGUGAAGCUUCUUGACUGCAAGCAGUUUGUCAAGGACUACGACUCCGGUCUGUCCAAGGUGCCAAGCCCUUUUUUCAUACGCGUGUCAUGCCAAGUUGAGCUGGUUGAUCAGCCAAAAGACUACACAGCCCCACCACCAGAGCUCAUAGUCUUACCGAUCACUGCCACUGUCACGGAUCUUAAGAUCGAGGCAACUAAAGCCUUCCAAGAAGCCUACGUUCUAUUCAAGAGGUUUCAAGCUUUGGAGCUGCUUGAUUAUGGAAAUGUGGAUAAUGGGACUCGUGUCAAGUUUCUUGUUGGCAUGGUUGGAACAGUCAGGGUCAGGGGGCGGUGCCUUGGAAACAAUGGGCUUCACCAGUUCCGUAUGGAGAGGGGGACGGAGAGCUGGACAGUGGACUGCACAUGUGGUGCCAAGGACGAUGAUGGGGAGAGAAUGCUCGCGUGUGAUUCAUGUGGUGUGUGGCAGCACACGAGGUGUGCUGGGAUCCAUGAUUUUGAUACGGUGCCAUCAAAGUUUGUUUGCAAGAGGUGUGGAAAGUCAUCUAGGUCAGGGCCAGCUGUUGGCCGGCGCUGCAAAGAGCAGAUGGCUGCGUCUAUGGAUGUUGGUGGUGGGUUGCAAGCACUGACAGCAUUGCCUUUCAGCAUUGGCUGAGAGAUUGUUUUGUAGUUGUACAGUUUUUUUUUAUUCGGAAUGAAUGUAUAGCAUGGUCGGUGGUGGAAGUAAGAAUGAAUGUUGGUAUAUAUUUAGUUUC